AGUCUCUUCUAUGUGCGGUGCUGUCAACACUGUGCUUGUGUGGUUCCCUUUCCUGUUGAUAGUGUCACACGCACCUCUAUUUGAUUCUCUCCCUUUUUUUCGUCUGUCUAGGAGACUCACGUGGCUACAACCGGCGAACGCCGUGACGCAGGGUAUCCCCUUUGCCGUCAAAAAGAAAAAAUCGUAGACGGCCAUUAUCGCCGUCGCGUUGCUCCAACGCAUUAAUCUUCUACGUAUUAAUUGCUAUUCAUAACACUAUUACUAUUUGCUGUGUUUGAAAACUUAGUAGUACGUCGCGCCAGCAUCCAAACACCCAAGAAAAGCGAAGCACCUAAGGAUUCCAUAGCAGCCGGAGAGGAGCUAAAGCGCAACUUGGCUCUUCACGCUACUUUUAUGCUCCUCGUGUUUUGAAUCGAUUCGUGUCGUUUGUUGAGUAAGCAACGACAAAGCCAUACAUGUCCUGCUUCAUUUUCAAACGACACUUAUCUUUUCAUGUACAAUACUUCGUGACUGCAUCGCAUUUACUGCAUUAAAAAGGAGGCAAAGAGCAAACUCAAAAGUUUGUUCGCGGUUGCUUGAUUGUCGGAUCCUGUGUGUGCGUGUGUGUAUGUGUGUGUGGAUGUGAUUGUUUAUCUGUUUGUCUGUGAAGGAGAAAGGUACCCCCAACGUUUAAAACGGUGGAUAAAUUGUUGUCGCUGGAAUAAUUCCCGUAAUUCUUGGCUCUUGAUAUUGUUUCGACCAAAAAAAGCGCACCUGCUUCCGUUCGUGCAGCGUCGCACCACACGUGCCGCAAAAACUCUUGUCUUCUCUGCAUAUUUGAAGCCUAUCGCGGUUUUUUUCCCUUUCUUUCGUCAAAAUGAACUUGUACGUUGGUUUGAUGAUCGUCACGGCAACGACGGUGGGAAAGAUUAUGCUGUGCGCCAUUGCCGGUAUGCUCGUUUCACGGUACUUCAGCAACCCAGAGCCGAGUAAGAAAGGUCUCAGCUACAUUGCCAUGAAGAUCUUCCUGCCGUGCCUGCUGUUCACGAACCUGUGUUUGAAUGUCACGUGGGAGCAGCUUGGCAAGUUCUACUGGGCACCGCUGUUUUCCUGCUUGCCGAUGGCGCUCGGUUUCCUUUGCUCCUUUAUUGUACGGGUGUUCCUGACACGGGACUACCGCUACGUGUUGCUGCUGGGCAGCACCUUCCAGAAUGGCCUGACGUUUCCGGUGAGCAUUCUGCUGAAUUUGAAAGGCAUCGAGUGGUUCACCGGGCAGGCGGUGGUCGACGCUGAGUCCUACAUCUUUUUAUACAACAUUCUCUGCUCCAUUGGACUGUGGGCUGUCGGAGACACGAUGAUUGGGUGGGCGAAGGGAAAGGAAGUAGCGGAGGCGGAGGCGGAGAAGGAGAAGCUGGAGAUGGCGCGCCGCCGUGAACACUAUCGAGCGAUGGGCGCCAGCGGCGAGGCCCUGGCCUACCAGAACCGAAGCUUCUCCUACCCCUUCGAGUCACCCCGAACCGAACCCGAGGAGGAGGACGAAGCGCUCGCCUCGCCCAUGUCGCCGAGAACAGCAGCGGAGCGCCGCGACGCCACUGCACGGGAGCAGCUCGGCUGGUACCGGCCGGCAAGGCGGCAAGACCGGCCCAUCGUCCCGCCGGAGGGCUCGCCGGUGAUUAUGCUCGAUGGCGAGAUGAACAUCGAGGACGUGACGGAGGUGAGGCCCUCCGGUGGGGAGAAGGCGCGUCGCAUGGCGCACACGGUGAUCAAAUCGCUGAAAUCACCCCCGGUACUGAGCAGUCUUAUCGCCCUUUUUAUCUCCCUCACGCCACCGCUGCGGUGGCUGGCGCAGAGCUUUCUCGGCGAGUCCCUCAUUGGUGGAAUGAAGUUAAUUGGCGAAGGCGCCAUUCCACUGCAGCUGCUCGUGCUGGGUCUCACCAUUGUAGCCAGCCGCCCACCGGACGAGGAGGACACUGGCAAGAAUCCGCCGGCCGCCCCAACGCCUGCCACGGCGAGCGCCACAGCGGCACCGGCAGUCGCAGCGGCAUCCAACCCGAUUUCGCCCAACACGGUUGCCCCACCCGCCACGGCGAUCACCUCAGCCCCCGCUGCGGACUCGGCUAACGCCCACGUCGACGACGAUGCCAACGCCUGUGUGCAGUGGAUCACCACCAAGGUCUCCCCGCAGGUCAUCUUCACCUGGUCCACCGUGACGCUGCGCCUCACGGUGAUCCCCGCCAUCUGCUUCGGUGUCCUGCACGUGUUGGUGAGGACUGGCCUCAUGCCGAAUGAGCGUCCGUUUCUUCUGUCGAUGCUCGUAGCGAGCUGCUCGCCAUCCGCCAUUAACUCAUCGCUGAUCUGCGCUAUGCACGGCUACCGCGCACGCGAGUACUCACGCAUGAUCUUCUGCAUGUACGUGAGUGCCAUCUUUUCUUCCACAAUCUGGCUUUUCCUGUACAUCCUCUACCUCACGGAGGCGUCAUCGUAA